AUGGCAUCAAACAGCAAAGUAUUGAUCAUUGGAGCAACGGGAUGCAUUGGAAAAUUCAUCGUCGAAGCAAGUGUUAAGAGCGGACACCAAACUUUUGCUCUUGUUCGGGAAGAAACCUUCUCUAAAGUGCAUACACAAGAGUAUUUUAAGAGCCAUGAUGUGGAAGUUCUCAUUGGAGACAUUUAUGAUCAUGAAAGCCUUUUGAGAGCAAUGAAGAAAGUGGAUGUGAGAUUCUUGCCAUCAGAAUUUGGCAUGGAUGUUGAUAGAGUUCACGCUGUUGAUCCUGCUCAGAGUUUGAUUGAGGCUAAGUCUCAAAUACGUCGAGUAAUUGAAGAAGAAAAUAUCCCUUACACUUUCAUUUGUUCAUACUACUUUGCUCGUACUAGCAUCCAAAACUUAUUUCAGCCUGAGCUUGAAGCUCCUCCAAGGGACCGAGUACAUAUAUUAGGUGAUGGAACAUCAAAAGGAAUUUAUAACAUGGAAGAAGAUAUUGCCAUGUAUACUAUCAAAGCAAUAGAUGAUCCAAGGACCUUAAACAAGAUCCUUCACAUUAGACCCCCACCAAACAUCUACUCUUUCAACGAGCUUGUGUCUUUAUGGGAGAAUAAACUUGGCAAGAAGCUUUGUUUCGGUUGA